CUUAUGAAGAGACCAGUUACAGGAAAAGAUCUUAUGAUAGUCAAUAUGGGACCUCACCACCCAUCCAUGCACGGUGUUCUUCGCUUAAUUGUUACUCUAGACGGUGAGGAUGUUGUUGAUUGUGAACCCAUAUUGGGUUAUUUACACAGAGGAAUGGAAAAAAUGCAGAAAACCGAGCAAUUAUACAAUAUUUACCUUAUGUAACGCGGUGGGAUUAUUUAGCUACUAUGUUUACAGAAGCAAUAACAGUAAACGGACCCGAACAAUUAGGAAAUAUUCAAGUUCCUAAAAGAGCCAGCUAUAUCAGAGUAAUUAUGCUAGAAUUGAGUCGUAUAGCUUCUCAUCUGUUAUGGCUUGGCCCUUUUAUGGCAGAUAUUGGGGCACAGACUCCCUUUUUCUAUAUUUUCAGAGAACGAGAAUUUGUAUAUGAUCUAUUCGAAGCUGCCACCGGUAUGAGAAUGAUGCAUAAUUUUUUUCGUAUUGGAGGAAUAGCGGCGGAUUUACCUUAUGGUUGGAUAGAUAAAUGCUUGGAUUUUUGUGAUUAUUUUUUAACAGAGGUUGUUGAAUAUCAAAAACUUAUUACACGAAAUCCUAUUUUUAGAACGAGUUGAAGGCGUUGGGAUUAUUGGUGGGGAAGAAGCAAUAAAUUGGGGUUUAUCCGGACCAAUGUUACGCGCAUCCGGAAUACCAUGGGAUCUUCGUAAAGUUGAUCGUUAUGAGUCUUACGAUGAAUUUGAAUGGGAAAUUCAGUGGCAAAAACAAGGAGAUUCAUUAGCUCGUUAUUUAGUACGACUUAGCGAAAUGACAGAAUCCAUCAAAAUUAUUCAACAGGCUCUGGAAGGACUUCCGGGGGGUCCCUAUGAAAAUUUAGAAAGCAGAGGCUUUGAUAAAAAAAGGAAUCCAGAGUGGAAUGAUUUUGAAUAUCGAUUCAUUAGUAAAAAACCUUCCCCUACUUUUGAAUUAUCGAAACAAGAACUUUACGUAAGAGUUGAAGCUCCAAAAGGGGAAUUGGGAAUUUUUCUCAUAGGAGAUCAAAGUGGUUUUCCUUGGAGAUGGAAAAUCCGACCGCCGGGUUUUAUUAAUUUGCAAAUUCUUCCUGAACUAGUUAAAAGAAUGAAAUUGGCUGAUAUUAUGACGAUACUCGGUAGCAUAGAUAUAAUUAUGGGAGAAGUUGAUCGUUAAAAUGAUAAUUUAUGCAACAGAAGUACAAACAAUAAAUUCUUUUCUUAGAUUGGAAUCUUUAAAAGAGGUCUAUGGACUCAUAUGGAUAUUUGUCCCUAUAUUUUCUCUUGUAUUGGGAAUCAUAACUGGUGUACUAGUAAUUGUGUGGUUAGAAAGAGAAAUAUCUGCAGGGAUACAACAACGUAUUGGACCUGAAUACGCCGGCCCGUUAGGAAUUCUUCAAGCUUUAGCCGACGGGACAAAACUACUUUUCAAAGAAGAUCUUCGUCCAUCUAGAGGAAAUACUCCUUUAUUUAGUAUUGGACCAUCUAUAGCAGUUAUCUCUAUUUUACUAAGUUAUUCAGUAAUUCCUUUUAGCAAUCACCUUGUUUUAGCGGAUCUCAAUAUCGGUAUUUUUUUAUGGAUUGCCAUCUCAAGUGUUGCUCCGAUCGGACUUCUUAUGUCAGGAUAUGGAUCAAAUAAUAAAUAUUCUUUUUUAGGUGGUCUGCGAGCUGCUGCUCAAGCGAUUAGUUAUGAAAUACCAUUAACUCUAUGUGUUUUAUCAAUAUCUCUACUAUCUAACAGUUUAAGUACAGUUGAUAUAGUUGAGGCACAAUCAAAAUAUGGUUUUUGGGGAUGGAAUUUGUGGCGUCAACCUAUAGGUUUUAUCAUUUUUCUAAUUUCUUCCCUAGCAGAAUGCGAGAGGUUACCUUUUGAUUUACCAGAAGCGGAAGAAGAAUUAAUAGCAGGUUAUCAAACUGAAUAUUCCGGUAUCAAAUUUGGUUUAUUUUAUGUUGCUUCUUAUCUAAAUCUAUUAAUUUCCUCAUUAUUUGUAACAGUUCUAUACUUAGGCGGUUGGAAUAUUUCUAUUCCGUAUAUAUCUAUGCUGGAGCUAUUUGAAAAGGAUCAAAUUUUUGGAACAACAAUUGGUAUCUUUAUUACAUUAGCUAAAACUUAUUUGUUCUUGUUCAUUUCUAUCGCAACCAGAUGGACUUUACCUAGGCUAAGAAUGGAUCAACUAUUAAAUCUUGGAUGGAAAUUUCUUUUACCGAUUUCCCUUGGUAAUCUAUUAUUAACAACUUCUUUCCAACUCUUUUCACUCUAAAUUGAAAAUCAAUCCAAGAUAUUCAUUACUUGUUUUAAACAA